AUGACAGGAGGAAUAUCCGUCGCCGAAUAUCUCUUCCGCCGUCUGCGCAAGGCAGGAUUAAACGCCGUGCAUGGCGUCCCCGGAGACUACAACCUGAGGCUUCUCGACUAUGUGAUCCCCUCGGGACUCGAGUGGAUUGGAAACUGCAAUGAACUGAACGCUGGAUACGCCACAGAUGGCUACGCGCGUAUCAAGGGCAUCGGAGCGAUUGUGACAACGUUUGGUGUUGGCGAGUUGUCUGCUAUUAAUGCGAUUGCCGGUGCAUAUGCAGAGAUGGCACCGGUUGUCCAUAUCGUUGGGACUCCCCCGCAGAAUGAUCAGAAGAAUGGCACGAAACUCCAUCAUUCGUUCUGUCGUGGAAUGCCGGGUGACUUUAAAAUUUUUGCUGAGAUGUACGAGAAAGUCACUGUUGCGCAGGAGGAUAUUACGGAUGUUGCGAAUGCAGCUGCGCAGAUUGACCGUGUCAUUCGCGAGUGUUUACGCCAGUCUCGGCCUGUUUAUCUCCAGGUCCCGAUGGAUAUGGUUGAUGCUAUUAUCCCAGGCACUCCACUUGCACAGGCCUUGGAAGUGACCCCGGCCUCGGGCGAUCCAAGAGUCGAACAAGACGUUUGUGAUAUUAUCCUCGAUCGUCUGAGGACUUCCGAAAGACAGUUUAUCUUAGUGGAUGCGGGCACUUCGCGAUAUGGGCUUUCCGGUCAGACGGAUGUGCUCAUUAGAGCCACUGGGUUUCCAACCGCUACAACACCGUUCGGCAAGGGAAUCAUUGAUGAGACGCUGCCAAACUUCCAUGGAAUUCAUGGAACUGUCGGACCUCACACAUUCACUUCCUAUGUCGACUCCUGCGACCUUAUAAUCAAUAUCGGGCCCGCUCACAGCAACGUCAACACGUAUUACUUUGCCACCGUCCCCAAGCCGGAAAUAACCAUCGCAAUCGAGAGGGAUGCCAUUACCAUUGGCGGCCGCACAUGGAGUGUAUCUCCCCAACGAAUCCUCCAAAUGGUUCUCGAAACCUUAAAGGAGAACCCACUUCCCAAACCCGCCUCAUAUCCCGAGCUACCCAAUCUACGCCAUGCUCUCCAAUCCCUCCCACCAAACGACCCAACCGCCAAACUAACCCAAGACACAUUCUGGUACCGCAUGUCCUCCUUCUUCCACGAAGGCGACAUCAUCCUCACCGAAACCGGCACCGCUAGCAACGGAAGCCGUGACUUCGUCCUCCCAAAGAACACAACCCUCAUCAACUCCGGCAUCUGGCUCUCAAUCGGAUACAUGCUCGCCGCCACGCAAGGCGCCGCACUCGCCCAGCGACAUCUCGCUCAGUCUAAUGACCACCCCCUCUCAAAGGGCCGCACAAUCCUCUUCGAAGGCGACGGCAGUUUCCAAAUGACAGCGCAAGAACUAAGUACCAUCAUUCGCCAGAAAUUAGACGUGAUCAUUUUCAUCAUCAAUAACAACGGUUACACGAUUGAGCGACUUAUCCACGGUCCGCAGGAAUCGUAUAAUGAUGUCGCAUCCUGGCGAUUCUUGGAAGCACCGUCGUUCUUUGGUGCGGGCAAGGCUGAUACUGAUUAUCCGGUCUACACGGCGAGGGCGACUAACUGGGGAGAACUUGAGGGUGUUUUGGGGAGAGAGGAGAUGCGAGCGGGCAAGGGGUUGAGGAUGGUGGAGUUGAUAAUGGAUGUGAUGGACUCGAAUGAUACUUUGAGGUUGAUGCUGGAAUUGUGGAAGAGCAAGAAGGCUUCAUAA